UAAACAUGGCGGCCGCCGGUGACAGCUCGCAGAGCUCCGUGAGGAAACGACGUGUUGACAGCAGAACGACGGAGUCAAAGUGUGCCGACAGCAGCGAGGAGCAUGGAGCGGACAACCGCGAAGACCCGGAGGAAGGACAGAGACUCCGGCCGCUACAGACCGGGACCUACUGGCUCACUCGCAUCGUGCUGCUGCGCUCCGUCGCCUUUAUUUACCUUGUGGCCUUCAGCGUCGCGUACAACCAGAACAAGCAGCUGAUAGGCGAGCGUGGCCUGAUGCCCUGCAAGGACUACCUCAACAGCGUGAAGCGCUAUGUGGGAGGAAAGAUAGGCAUGGCCGCCUUCGCCUACACACCCUCCAUCCUAUGGUUCCUAGACUGGAGCGAGAUGGAUGCCAACCUGGAUGGCAUCGCCCUGGUGGGGAUGGCGCUGUCUGCGUUUGUCCUGGUGACGGGAAUGGCCAACAUGGUGGUCAUGGUUACGCUGUGGGUGCUUUACCACUCCUUGGUCAGCGUGGGACAGCUGUGGUACUCCUUCGGUUGGGAGACUCAGCUGUUGGAGACAGGAUUUCUGGCCAUUUUCCUGUGUCCGGUGUGGACUCUAUCCCAGGUCCCCCGCCGCUGUCCCCCCUCCCUCAUCUGCAUCUGGACCUUCAGAUGGCUCAUCGUUCGCAUCAUGCUAGGAGCUGGUCUCAUAAAAAUCCGAGGCGACAAAUGCUGGAGGGACCUCACAUGCAUGGACUACCACUACGAGACCCAGCCAGUUCCCAACCCCAUGUCCUACUACAUGCACCGCUCCCCGUGGUGGUUUCAUCGUUUCGAGACGUUCUCCAACCAUCUCAUCGAGCUCAUCUUCCCGCUCUUCACCUUCUUGGGCAGGCGGAUGUGCAUGGUCAACGGAGCGAUCCAGAUCCUGUUCCAGGUGGUUCUGAUAGUGAGUGGGAACCUCAGUUUCCUUAACUGGCUGACCAUUGUUCCCAGUCUGGCCUGUUUUGAUGACGCGUCGCUCGGCUUCUUGUUUUACUCUGGAGGCGGAGCUAAGAAGGCAGUGCUCGAGAUACAGAAUGAGGAUUCAGCUGGACGCACCCCCAAACCAACCAAAGGUAUGUUGAUGCGCCGGGUGGUGAACAUUUCUUUGGGCGUUCUGAUUGGCUACCUGAGCAUUCCCGUGGUGAUGAACCUGUUCAGUUCCAAGCAGGUGAUGAACACUUCCUUCGACCCGCUGCGCAUCGUCAACACCUACGGGGCGUUUGGCAGCAUUACCAAGGAGCGUACCGAGGUGAUUUUCCAGGGCACUCUAAACCAGGAUCCCAAGGACCCUGAGGCGCUGUGGGAGGAGUACCAGUUCCUGUGUAAGCCGGGGGACGUUUACCAACGGCCAUGCCUCGUAUCACCGUACCACUACCGCCUGGACUGGCUCAUGUGGUUUGCUGCCUUCCAGACCUACGAGCAGAGUGAGUGGGUGAUCCACAUGGCGGGACGUCUGCUGUCCAAUGACAGCGCUGUCCUCUCCCUGCUCGACCACAACCCCUUUAAAGGCAGAGAAACUCCCAGGUGGGUUCGAGGGGAACAUUUCAGGUAUAAGUUCAGCCAGCCGGGCAGCACCAGUGCAGCAGAGGGGAAGUGGUGGCUGAGGAAACGCAUCGGAGCGUACUUCCCUGCCGUGGACCUGGAAGGACUCAGGGGCUACUUCCAGUCCCGGAGCUGGCCCCACCCGCACACAACGCCAAAGAGGAGCUGAAGCCAUGACGCCUGAAUGCAGCAUCAAGGGGAAAUCUGAGGACUUCAGUGGUUGAGGUGGGAGAGAGGUCAGUUCAAAGACAGUUUCAGUGCGAUGCUGCUGGUGUGGGACAAAGGUUCAAAGGACCAAGGAAGCCAUCGAGUGUUUUUUUCUUACAUUGCAAUAUUUCAUGACGAACUGCUUGAUAAAACCUGAUAUUUUCUCCCAAUCAAUGUGAUGCUUUUUAAAGUUUCAUUGAAGGAAUGAAUCUAUGAAUAAAAACUGUUUCACAAAACAA